UUUUGAUCUCCUCACCCAGAAGACUGGUUUCAGCGACUGCGUGUUUCUUGACACGAUUAACAAGCGACCAGGGAGCCCUUUUCAAUCAGCUUCCAUGUCGUUCAUCGGCAGCGGACCCACAUGCUUUGUGACCCCAACUGUGACCCCUAACAUGACCUCCACACAGGAGUUCACCAUCUCUUUGUGGGUCUGGCCAAAGAUGAAUAAUAAUGGAACCCUAAUCCAGAAAGUUUCAAAGCAGACUGGAGACAUUGUGUUUGAGCUGAACAUUAGACAGUCGCGCGUAAACUUUGUUUAUCGCAGCGACAAUGGUCUCCUCACAGUUACUUUCCCUGACACAGUACCAGCAGAGAAAUGGACGUACAUCGCUAUUCAGGUGUAUGGUACAAAGAUGAGUUUCUUCAUGAACGGAGUCGGCCCAGGUUUUUCCCCUGCCUACACGGUGACUCUUGCAAGCGCAGUGCAGAAUUCCACGGACUCCUGGGUCCGAGUUGGCCUCACACUCAGUGGUACCUACCAGUUUCUGGGACGCAUUCAAGAUUUCCGUUUCUACCAAGUAACGCUCUCCAACCGUGAGAUAGUGGAGGACUUUUCAGGAAUAUUUCCAUCACUCCGAGUCCAGUCGAAUUGUAGAUGCCCAUCUGCCUACCCUCGCGCUAAACCACAACAGGUCCACUACUGCAUAAAGAAUGGGGAACCAGACAACACCAAUGACCAUGUUCUGAGACUCAACCCCGAGGCCCACCCCCUUGAGUAUGUGAACGAUGGCGAUGCCAACAGCAUGUGGAUUUCAGACUUCAUGAAUCAGGUCAACCUUGUAACAGACCUCGGCGAUGAAUUUGAGGUAUUUUACGUGAUGCUGCUGUUCUACAGCCCACUACCACUUGCUGUGGAGAUUCAACGCAAGCCUGACAACAAGACAGUCCAGUGGUUACCAUGGCAACAGUUCGCUAGCAACUGCCAGCUGUAUUUCAAUGCUGUCGACAAUGGGCCCCUGCCUACACCAACCAGUAUCAACUGUGUGAAGAUCAACCAGAAUAUCCCAGACUACUCCAAGGGGAACAUCACAUUCAAUAUCUUGAGUCCCGAGCCUGUUCCACGCCCGGGCUACAACGACUAUUUCAACACCCCCGAACUCUUUGGCUUUGUCAAGGCUCGACACGUGCGUGUUCGUCUACAGGACCAUUUCUUUGUGACAAAUGAGCGCCAUCGAUACUACGGAUUGUAUGAGUAUAGUGUUGUGGCAAGGUGUGAGUGCUAUGGUCAUGCUGCCACAUGCAAUUCCUCCACCCUACCUUACCAGUGCAACUGUCUGCCAGAGUCAUACACACAUGGACGCCAGUGCAACGAGUGCAUGCCACUGUACAACAACAAGCCGUUCAGGCGCGGUACCCAGUCUGAGGCUUUUGACUGCCAGCCCUGUGAAUGCUACAACCAUGCGGACACUUGCGUCUACAACCGGACAAUUGACCCGUUUCCAGACGCACACCUGAUGGGUGGGGGUGGGGUGUGUGUUGGUUGCCGUGACAACACGGAGGGACGCCACUGUGAGAGGUGCACCCUCGGAUGGUACCGACCCAAUGGGAAGAGCAUGUACGACGCUGAUGUCUGCAGCCCAUGUGACUGCUUUCCGCUUGGCGUUGAUAAUCUGCAGAUGGACUGUGCAAAGGAGGGUGGUCAAUGCCAAUGUAAGCAGCAUGUGGAGGGCCGGCGAUGCAGCACAUGUAAGUCAGGCUUCUACAACCUGACUGCUGAUAACCCCCUCGGCUGUCAGGAUUGUGGUUGCAGUCUGGCAGGGUCCAGGCUUGGUGACGUCACCUGUGCGUCGGCAGACGGGCAAUGCAAUUGCAAGACCAAUGUUAGAGGUUUGAAAUGUGAUACCUGCCAGUACGGUUUCUACUUCCUGAAUGCCUCCAACCCAGAUGGUUGUCAACCGUGCAACUGCAACCCAUUUGGUUCAACCAACCAGUACUGUGAGCCAACAACUGGUCAGUGUUCCUGCAAAAUGCGCGUGACCUCGCGUCAGUGCAACGAAUGUGAGGAUGGGUAUUAUGCCUUCGAGAGUGGAUGCUUGCCGUGUAACUGUAGUACCACCGGAACCAAGGCCGGGGGAAUCUGUGACAAGAUUACAGGACAGUGCCCUUGUAAGACCCACGUGCAAGGGCUGAAAUGUGACGAAUGUCGGGAUGAGAAGUAUGGGUUUGGUUCCCUGCCUGACCUCGGCUGUACAGACUGCACAUGUAACCCUGCUGGCACCCAGAAUGGAUCAAUGUUGUGUAAUAAGGUAACUGGUGACUGCGUAUGCAAGGCUAACGUCCAGGGAACCAGCUGCAACCAGUGCAAGGGAAACACGUGGGGUCUCAGUCUUGAGAACUUCCAGGGCUGUGUCCCAUGCUCGUGUGAUCCCACUGGUACCCAGCUUGGGAACACGCUUACCAUGGAGAACCUGGCAUGCAAUCAGAACACGGGGCAGUGCUCGUGUCUCACCAAUAGGAUUGGACGGCAGUGUAAUGAUUGUCUUAGUGGUUACAAGGUAAGCCUUACCCCUGGUGGUGGCUGCCUGAACUGUGACUGUCAUGCAACUGGCUCCCUGCCUCUCACCAACUGCAAUACCCAGACGGGGCAGUGUGAAUGCAGGGGAGGCGACUCAGGUGUGACAGGAAUACAAUGUGACAUGUGCCUCAGGGGGUACUACGGGUUCAAUGAGAGGUCUGGAAGCUGCCUUAAGUGUGACUGUGAUCCAGCCGGCAGUUUAAACACGACAUGUGACCCGUUUGAUGGACAGUGUCAGUGCAAACAGUUCACGUUCAAGAGGCGCUGUGAAAGCUGUGUUGCAGGGUCCAGUUUUCUGGAUGCCUCCAAUCCUUACGGCUGUAGUAAAGCCCCUGAUCAGCAGCCUCCCCCCUCGUACGAGCCCCUUAGUUCCACGUCCAUCAAGCUGCUGUGGAAGGGACCAGACUACCCCAACGGGGUCAUAGAGCAGUACAAACUGUUCAGGAACGGCUCACUGAUAAUCUCAGUGGCGGGUAACAUUCUUACAGCAAUUGACAUUGACCUUCAGCCUUACACGAUCUACUCGUACAUAAUUGAGGCCACAAACGCGUUUGGUAGUGUCAGGAGUGCCCCAAUCUCAUUCCGGACACCAGCAGGGGCCCCUUAUGGAACUGUCGUCCUCAACGCUACAAACAUCCAGUCCAAGAGUGCCCACUUCCUGUGGAAUGCCCCACGGGUCAUGAAUGGUCCAUUAUGGAAAUACUCGUUAUAUUCGUUAAACGCUGAUAACAAAACAACUACUCAUUGGGAAGGUCAGGAUUUAGAGGUCACACUGCAGUCUCUGAUACCUUUCACUCGCUACACGUUUUACGUGAACACAUGCACCAGCGAGGGAUGUCUGAAAAGUGAGCCACUCUCGUUCCCCACGAUGUCGGCUGUCCCAGAGGGUAUGGGGGCACCUGUAGUGCUCGCAGUUAACAACACAGCUCUGAACAUCUCAUGGCUUCCACCUUCAUUUCCUAAUGGCAUCAUAAUCUUUUACGAGCUCUGGAUGCGAGGUGAGGUGGGGCCGGAUGGGCUACGGAGUCCCCCAGAGACCCGCAUCUUCCACCCCAGCGGGCAGUACAACCCGCGUGCCACCCAGAACCCCAUGGAGAACGCACUGCCCCCACCCGAAACCCAGUACAUCCUGUCUGGACUGGUGCCCUUCACCAAAUAUGAAUUCCAGGUGCUGGCAGAGAACAGUGCAGGCAAGGCUGCCAGCCCCUGGGUCUCAGGCCGCACUGGGGCCACCACUCCCCUGUCCACCCCGGCACCACGGGUCCUGGGUAUCAGUCCCUUCCAGUUGAAUGUUUCCUGGGCCCCGCCUAGCGAUGAUCAGGCAAGAGGGAUCAUCAUGAAAUACAGAGUGUAUUACUACAGAAAGACCAACCUUACUGAGAAUCCCUUUGCGCCCCCCUUCAUGUGGGAGCUGAUAUAUGAUGGAGGGGCAGACAGACGGUUCUAUAUCCUGGGCGGACUGGCCCCGUACUCAGAGCACACAGUGAAGAUGGAGGCAUGUAAUGCAGUCGGUUGUGUCAAUAGUACCGAGACCAGGGGAAGAUCCAAACAAGAUUUACCUGAGGGCCUACUGAAGCCCCUGGUGGAUGGGCUGAACUCCUCUGCUAUGGAGAUACUCUGGACCCCUCCUUCCUUCCCCAACGGCCCCACACCCUACUAUACAAUCCAGAAGACCACACCCGCCCUCAGCUACCCACCGCAAGUUAUCAGUGGUACACGCUUUCCUGGCGGAGGGUACUAUCUUUUCCCACCAGAGACCAUUCCACAGAAUGUUGACUUUACUGGUAUACGCUUCUGGUUCCGAACAAAGCAAUUGAAUGGUCUUCUGCUGUUUGCUGCGUCUGAAGGUCAACAGGACGAGUUUGUGGCUGUGCAGUUCAAGCAAGGUCGCCCAUGGUUUCUCUUUGAUCCUCAAGGGUGCCCGUCUUUUGUGUACACAACAAAUGACGAGGGAAUGAGGUACAGCGAUAAUGUCUGGCAUCAGCUGAUAGCAUGGAGGGAUGAGAACGUGGCGUACAUCGCCAUAGACAACACGUGGACAGGAUCAAGGGUGGCCUCCUGCGCAACGGGAACCAUCAUCGGACCAAACACUGGUGUGUAUGUGGGGGGACUGCCAGCAGACUUUGAGAUUCGCAGGACCAGUAAGGACACCAGACUGCAGAUCAUAGACUAUGGUUUCCAAGGCUGCAUUCGAGACAUCCAGGUGAUGCAGCAGAAGUACCCGGUAGAGUUGUGGACGACCCUCGACUGGAACAAGGCCAUACACAACGAGCUUGCCUUCCUAAAUUGGGAGGGCUGUCCCAUAAACCUCGACAAGGGCACACAUUUCAUGGGCCAGGGAUAUGCACGUUUUCCAACCGACACAUCCAUAAUUGGUACAAUGAAGACCAUAACAUUCGGUUUCCGAACCCAGAUGCACACUGGGAUAAUCUUCUUUGUACAUGGGGGAACCGGGAUCUACAUUUACUGUGCAUUGAUAAAAGGUGCAUUGCACUUUGAGUUUGGCAAUGGCCUGUUGGUGGGUUCAGUUACCUAUAAUCGACCCGAUGUGAACUUCUGUAACAGUCAGUGGUACUAUAUUACGCUGGUGAAGAAUAACCAGCAGGCAACCAUUUCUGUGAAGGAUUAUGGGACAGAAACGUCAGGGAAUCCAGACAUGGCGUUAAACGUUUUGACAUCUUCUGAGUUCUUGCUUGGCGGAAUUCCACCAAAUUCUGAAGCACAGACAUUUAUUGUGAACAACAAGCUAUCCAUACCAUUAGCAGCAUUUGGAGGUUGUUUACGUGACGUGGAGUUUGACUCUGGGCGAGAACUAGACUUCCUGAAGCAGUCGAUUGAAGUCAUCAAUGUGAACAUGGACGGGUGUGCACCCUACCACGUCCAUCCAGACCAGUGCAAGGAUGACCUCAUCACAGAGGUAUACAAUGGCACCGCUAUGAGGGCAUUGGAUACGGGACUGCACUCGUAUACCGAUUACCUGUACAGAGUGUUGGCCACAAAUGAUGCAGGCUCAGGUCGGAGCUCCUGGGGGUAUGGGCGCACCAAAGAGGGCUCCCCUGUGGGAGUGACCCCGCCCUAUGAGGCCAAGCACUACACAGGCUACCACGUGGAGUUCCACUGGCUGGCGCCGGUCAGCACGUCUGGAAUGAUGACCAAGUUUGUCCUCAAGGCAUACAACCUGGACAACACCACCCUGGAUCCAGUCGAGGCCUUGUUUACAAACACCUCCAAACGAGAAGGAAACAUGACUGGCACUAUUCCGUAUACGAGAUACAAUGUUCGAAUGGUGGCCUGUACAUCAGGUGGCUGUUCUGAGAGUCCAGAUGGGCUGAUUAUUCACACCAAUGAAGAAGUGCCAGAGAAAGUUCCAGCACCUAUGGGUCGAUCAGGAACCAACUACAUCUUUGUAACCUGGAGCCCUCCUCUUGCGCCCAAUGGGGCUCUUACAGGCUACUUCCUGUAUAUGGAUAACACCCUCGUGUACCAGGGGGGUGGGCGGGCCCACAAUGUUACCAAUGAAUUGAGGGAGUACACGUCCUACGUGUUUUACGUAAAGGCUUGCACCAGGGUUGGAUGCACCAGUGGCCCCUCGACCCCUCUUAGCACUUCACAGUUACCUCCAUCUUCUAUGAGACCCCCUGUUCUGACGGCCCUUGGCACAUCCAGUGUUCAGGCAAGAUGGGAGACUCCGGCCCAACUGAACGGUGUCCUGGAACGCUACAUCCUGUAUGUGUCCACCAUCAAGGAUGACCUUGGCAUUGCCGUCUACAACAACUCAGACUUCUUCCUGGACUAUGUUAUCAACGAUCUCACUGCAGGAAUGGUCUACUACAUCUCCGUGGCAGCCUGUACUGGCGGAGGAUGCACAGCUAGCAACGCGUCAGAAAUCCGUACAGCCGAGAGCGCUCCAGGCCUCGUUAACCCACCAACAGUUACCUCCCCUAGCCCAUCACAGCUUCAUGUCGAGUGGCAGAAACCGGGUCUACCAAAUGGGGUGAUUACCCGGUAUGAUCUGUUCCACAAUGAGUUGCCAGUCUACUCAGGGACCCGUAUGAUUUAUGACGUGGGCAGACUGCUGCCCUACAGUCUGCACACCUUUAGGAUCGUUGCCUGUACACGACAGGGCUGCAGCUCCAGCACACAGGUGAAGGCCCGCACAAUGGAGGCAACGCCAGAGGGGUUUGUCACCAUGGAGAUACAGAUGGUGGAUGCCCGCACGGUCAAGGUCAAGUGGACAAUGCCAGAGAAGGCAAACGGGGACAUGUACUUUGACGUUUACUUCGAGGGACUUUUCUAUAAGAACAAGACCAUCUGGGACUAUAGCACCGUGUUUGGGCGUAGAAGUCUUCACCGGUCCAAGACAGUGGCAGAGUGGGUUCUGAUUGGUCCGUUGAUACCGAUGUCCUCGUACUCGGUACAAGUGAACGCCUCAAACUCUGUGGGUUUCAUUCUUGGGAACGUCCUCGCUGCAGACUUACCUCCUGGUCCUCCUGAUGGUGUGAAGCCACCAGACAUGUUGUCCCAGACCCCUACCACCCUCACAGCAACAUGGCGACCAGUCGGGCGCGAAAACUCCAUGGAUGCUGCACUAUAUACACUGCAGUUUAGAGAGAUAAUGGGAAACACCAUUAUACAAGACAUAUUUGGUCCAACAACGUCAUUUACGUACACAAAAGAGAACCUGGUGGCAUAUACUCCAUACGACUUUAGACUGGUUGCUGAAAAUUCAAAUGGAGUGACAAGAUCAGACUGGGUCACUGCAACCACCAGACAGGAUCGUCCGGCUGGUUUUAACACCCCACAAGUUGUGGGCUCUGGGCCAAGGCACAUUGAUAUUGUGUGGCGCCCACCCUUGACCCCUAACGGCAUGAUCACUGAGUACCAGAUAUACCAGAAUGGCCAGUUCAGGGAAUCACUAUCGAGCAGUAUCUUGUCACUGCGAGCAGACGUGUUGCUCCCCUACACCUACUACACAUUUGUGGUGGAGGUGUGCACAACUGGGGGAUGUACAAGAAGUCAGCCUUCCACGGCCACCAGGACUCUUGAAGACUAUCCAGAAAGAAUUCUCCCCCCUAAUGCUGUAUCAUUGACCCCUGCCUCUGUGGAGUUGACCUGGGCGCCACCUAGUCUGCCAAACGGAGUCAUCUCCCUUUACAAACUAGAGAGACGCAGGGCAGGAACUGAGGCAGUGUUUACUGUGGUUUCUGUGAAGGCAGAUGCCACAUUGAAAUACGUAGACGAGGACAGUUCUUUAUCUCCUUUUGAAGAGUAUGAGUACAGACUGGUUGUCAGCAAUGGGGCUGGGGAUGGAACCAGUCCCUGGGUAUCAGUGACCACCAUGUCAUCAAGACCGGCGGGUGUCAUGCCCCCCAGGAUUCAGAUUAUUGGCCCCACAGUCAUGAAUGUGUCCUGGACCCCCCCACUGCAGCCAAACGGUCUUAUCGAAUUCUUCACUGUGCGUCUGCCAGAGCCCAGCAGGGAACAGAGAAACGUGUCUGUCUUGUGGCUCUUGUUUGAGGGGCUCACAGCUUACACUGAAUACUCUGUCACGGUCACAGCAUGUACAAGUGGUGGCUGUACCCAGAGCUAUGCAGUUAACGUCCGUACCCACGCCAUGGUUCCCAUUGGUCAGCUGCCCCCUGAGGCAACGCCCGUCUCCCAGACUAUGAUUACCCUCUUGUGGGAGGGGCCAGGCAAGCCCAACGGUCCAAAUGUCAGAUUUGAGCUGUCCAGACUUCAUAUACGACAGCCACUUGAUUCAAACGUGAACUCAACUGGGGCAGUUUGGCAGAGAAUCUACUCUGGCACAGAAUACUUCUUCCAAGAUCGCGGCCUGCCAAUGUUCACCACCUAUCGAUAUCGCAUCACGGUGAUGAAUGAUGUUGGUCAGCUGACCAGUGACCCUACUCCAGAGGUCAUGACUUUUGGAGGGUUUCCACGGCGAUCAGCAAAGGUUAAUGCCACAGCUGUUAGUCAUCGAGUGGUGGCUGUUGCUUGGGAGACACCUGGCGUAGUUGACCUACAAGGAAGCGUGAUCAACUACACCGUUCACCUGCAAAGCAGUGCUCAGAACUACACCAAAGCUCUGGGUCCUAAGGUCAACCUGACAACCUUUGGUGAUCUGAGGCCCAACUCGCAGUACAAAGCCCUUGUUACCAUAACGAUCAAUGGUGGAGCUUAUAUUACCAGUGAUCCAGUGUUUGUUACCACAUUGGAUGGUGCCCCUGAAGGGAUAGACACGCCCACCCUGAGUAUCGUCAGUGAGACAGCGAUCCGUGUGUCAUGGAUGGCCCCAAAAAUUCCAAAUGGUGAUAUCACAGGCUACCAUAUCUACAAGAACGGAGAGAAAAUCGAUACGGGACUGACUGUUCCAGGCUCCUAUGUGCUAACUGGCUUGAUGCCAUACACUGUGUAUGAAAUUAAGCUAGAGGUCUGUACCGUGUUUGACUGUGUGAAGAGCGACCCUGUUCUGGGCUCCACUCUAGAGGCCCUGCCCAACACAAUAGCGGCCCCUAGGGUGCUUCCCCUUGACCCCCAGCAGAUAGCUGUGACCUGGCAGCCCCCACUGAAACCCAACGGCAUCGUGCUGAGAUACGAUGUCUGGAGACGUAGCAUUAAACAGUGCUCAGAAAUCCCCCAGGCCACACUGAGUCCAGAGCUUACCAAGUGUACGUACAUCAAGUGUGGCAUACUGCAGAAUCUCUGUGGCUCAACAUGCUACUCAGGAACCAGGGUGUGCUGUGACGGUGUGCUACACAACAGUAAAGAUGGCUACCAGUGCUGUGGUAAGGGAUAUGUCCCCAUGAACAACAAGAGUGACGUCUGCUGCGGCGGUGUAUUCCAAACCUUCAAACCCGUUCACGUCUGCUGUAAUAACAGGUACGAGCAUGUGAUGCCAGGCAAUAUCUGCUGCCCUGACAACGCUGAGGACAGGGUUGCCAUAGGAACAGGUGAUGCAUGCUGUGGCACUACACCCUACCUCACAAGUGGCUCCCAGGUCUGCUGUAAUGGUCAGCUGCAUGAGCGCCUUAAUAAGACCUGCUGUGGAGGGGCUAUGGUUGCAGACACCAUGCAGUGUUGUGGGGACGUGACUGGCGGACAAGCGUACUCUCGUGUUGACAAAUACUCUUGCUGUGGUCAACAGUAUGUUCCUCAAGACGCCAGCUUGUGUUGUAGCAGCGAUACUGGGCAUGUUAAGGUUCACAAAUAUUCUAGCCCUGCUGCCAAGAUCUCAGCCAAUGAGAAGUGUUGUGGCAUGGAGGUGAUAUCAAAUGGACUCAGCUGCUGCAACUUCGUUGGUUACAAUUCUGCCACACAGCAUUGCGCUGAUGUAUCGAGCAAUCAAUCUGGAUGUGGCACUGGUACUGUCUGUCCCAUAGUGCUGAGAGGCCAAGCCUUUUGUGACACAUGCGACUUCAACCUGAGCACGCACACCUGCGGCUCUAUCCUUGGUUACCAUAGCAACCAGCCAACGGCCGCCCCUCCCCUGCCUACGGCAGACUGCGUUGUUAGGGAGGAGAAUAUCUUCUCUGGACUGCGCAUGGAUUUUCUGGAUGCUGGUCUCCAGCCAUACUCACAGUAUGAAUACUCUGUUGCCGUGGUGAACAGUGUGGGUUCCACCCGCAGUGAUUACACCCGCAUACGGUCCCUGCAGGCAGCUCCCUCAGGACUGAGGGCCCCUAAUGCUACCCUUGACCCCAGACAGCUCUACAUGAUCUUCCUCAGCUGGGAAGCGCCUGCGCAACCUAAUGGUGAAAUAUUGCGGUUUGUACUUGUCCGUGAUGGGAUAGAACUGUACCGAGGUCUGAAUCUGGCGUACACAGACGAUACUACCAUCCUUCCUUACCGAUCUUACACUUACGUUCUCACUGCCUGCACUGUCGCAGGCUGUGUCACAAGUCCGAAUUUGACAGUGGCCACAGCCCAGGCUGCCCCAGAAGGUGUUCACUCCCCUGCCUUGCAAGUCGUCAACUCAACAACUUUGCGUAUUGUGUGGAGAUCCCCAGACGUGCCUAAUGGCAUCAUUCGGAUGUACACAGUGAAGUUUGUGGGUGGAAAACAUAACACUGUGUAUAACUCGACAGAACUGUCGAUUAUUAUUGGAGAUUUGUUUCCGUCAACUCGCUACAACGCCUCAGUCACUGCAUGUACAGAGGCUGCAUGCACCACCAGUAAAGUGGAGUCUAUCCUUAUGCCUGAAGCUGCCCCUGAAGGUGUAUACUCUCCUAGAGUUAUCGUAAGAAAUGCGACAUCUGUUGACAUCUACUGGAUGGCACCCACCCAACCUAAUGGCAUUAUCACAUUCUACGCUCUAAUACGUGUAACCGGAAGCAACCAAGUGCGGGUGUUUCUUGGAGAAGAGUUCCAUGCCACGGAUUAUAGCCUGGUGCCUGGAAGAACUUAUAUGUACUUUGUCACAGUGGGAACGCAAGCUGGAAACACAAGCAGUGAUACAGUUUCAGUCACAAUGCCUGAUAACACCCCAGUAAAUAUUCCCAUGCCAAAAAAUGUUUCAGUAAUAAGUUCCACGCAGAUUUACGUAGAAUGGGAUGCCAUACCACCAGAGAGAGGGAUCAUCGAUCAGUACAGGGUCUUAUUAAAUGCAGGAAGAGAGCCUGCAGUGGACAGAGGUGUUGGGCUACAAACCAGUGUCAAUAUUACUGGACUGUUGCCUUUCAGAGAAUACGAGGUCAGCAUACAGGCCUGCUUGGCGGGUAUCCCCAAUGGAUGUGGAACUGGACCAGGCAAGAAAGUGAAAACAUUUGAAGCACCGCCCACUAACAUGUCUGCACCCAGUAUUCAGGCUAUUGGGCCUGACAUUGUACAAGUCACCUGGGUGCCACCUUUCAAUCCCAAUGGUGAAAUCAAGCAGUACCUUGUCUUCUACAGAACCGCUGGCUCGACAGUACAGCUUCUUAUCAACAGAGUCAGCCUAGUUGAUCAGGACAUUUUCACCAUCAUCCAUGCUGGUCCAGAGUUAUUUCCAUUUACGGAAUAUGACUAUAAAGUUGUUGCAGGUAAUUCUCAAGGCGAAGUUUCCAGUAAUUGGUCAUUGGUUCGUACAAAAGCGGCCACUCCUGUUGGACUUUCGGCCCCAAAUGUAUUAGUGACUGGUGCAUUUUCUGUCAGGUUAAGUUGGUUACCACCCAGUAAAGUCAAUGGAAUAAUCUCUCAGUAUACAGUCACGUACAAGCUUAAUACGGACAAUCCUACAUCGCCCGAAAGUUCAAGGACUAUAUCUGUGCCUGGAACUACCAUUGACACAUCGAUCAGCGGACUGGAACCUUUCUCAAGCUACCAGUUGAAAAUACAGGCAUUCAACUCUGCUGGAAACGUCUCUAGCAGUUGGGCGAAUUUCAAAACUGCUGAGUCAUCCCCGUCAGGUGUUGGUAUUUUUGAUGUUGAGAAGAUCAGCACAGGGCUUUCCGUAAUACUGCGAUGGGGAUCGCCCCUGAAACCCAAUGGUCUUAUAACAACUUUUAGAAUUUAUGAAGAAGGAUCGUCGGUGGCUGUUUUCCAAGGUUUGAGUCGAGAGUUUGAACUGCGCAGGCUAGAACCGUACACCAAAUAUUCCGUGCAGCUUGAGGCGUGCACUGCGGCAGGGUGCACAAGAAGUGUGAGCCAAUCAUUUUACACGGAAGAGACCUCACCUGAAGGUCAGACUGCACCAACUAUGGGGACUGUGACUGCAGAUUCAGCAGUUAUUACAUGGUCCAAACCAGCCCAGUCAAAUGGAAAGAUUAUGCUGUAUGAAGUGAUGCGGAAAUCCAAUCCAAGAAUUCAGAAGAGAGCCAUUUCUGAACCGGUUGUUGUUUACAGAGUUUCAAACUUAGACGCAGAUACGUUUUCUUUCAAAGACACCAACCUUCAACCAUUCACAGAGUAUCAGUACAGCAUCAAGGCCAGUAAUUCACGGGGAUUCUCAAUCAGCCCCUGGCAGUCAGUCUUCACUGAACAGGCCCCACCUGAGGGUGUACAGCCAUCUGCUGUUUCCUUGGUAACGAAUGUGAUAGAUUCAGUCAUAGUGACGUGGGUGACACCUGAUAAACCCAACGGGAUCAUUCAGAGUUACAGACUUCAACGGAAUCAAUCCACACCCUGGAGUUUUACAGCUCUGGAUGCUAAGAUGUACACAGACAUGGGGCUUACUCCUUUCACAUUCUACAGUUAUCGCAUUACGGCCUGCUCAGGAGGUGGAUGUACUACUAGCACACCAACUGUUAUUCAAACAAAAGAGGCGGCCCCAUUAAAAGUCAUCCCUCCGACAGUGUUUGCUGAAAAUUCGACCUCCAUUCGUGCAACAUGGCAAAGGCCGCAGAUUCUGACCGGUGAGAUAAAGGCUUAUCAGCUAAGAAUGGAAAACGUUGUUGUUUACGAAGGGAUGAGUUUACAUUACACCGUGAACAGUCUUGUACCGUUUAGAGACUAUAUUUUCAAAUUAACAGCUUGUACAUCUGGUGGCUGUACAGACAGUGGGGAGGUCACGGGAAAACCAUCAGAGGACGUCCCAAAGGGAAUGUCUCCGCCGAUUUUGAACGUGAUGAGCUCUAGUGCAAUAGAGGUCACGUGGUCUCAGCCCUCCUUUCCAAAUGGUGUUAUCACAUCAUAUGACGUCAGACGAGAUAACCGACUGGUGUACACAGAAAGCGUUAGUGUGACUGCCACCCUGCGUACAAUUUACACUGACUAUAACCUGACCCCAGGCAGCGAGUAUGCCUAUGUCGUUGUUGCCAGGAACCGGAUUGGCCUGGUUGAGAGUCCAGUUUCCAUGGCAAGGACGUGGGCGUCAUCUCCCAGCGGUCUCUCCCCACCUCAGCUGUCAGCAGUGUCAGCAACAUCUAUUCAGGUCACCUGGGAUUCUCCAGCCAACCCAAAUGGGGUCAUCAAGAACUACACUGUGUUCAGGGAUGGAGAGAUGGUGUACUCAGGAGGUCCCAGUCUUCUCAACUACAUCGUGCCUGGCCUACAGUUCUGGACCCAGUACACGUUCAGGGUUCAAGCCUGCACUGACAGGGGCUGCACACUGAGUUUAGGAGCCACGGGUAGAACCCUUCCCUCGCGCCCAGAGGAACAGACUCCUCCCACCCUUCUGGCAUUAGCAAAUGGGAAUGGUGCACACUCUGGCGUACUUGUUGAGUGGGAUGCGCCGCUAAAACCUAACGGUGUUGUCAGUGGCUACGAACUAACAAGGAGAGAAGUUGUUGAACUCCCAUCAGGAAUAUCUUACACCAACAUUAAGUCCAUCUACAAUGGCAGUAGCAGAUCCUAUACAGACCGGGCCUCUGAUCUGCUUCCAUACACGACAUAUGAGUAUUCUGUCACUGCAGCCAAUGUGGUGGGAAGAGUGAGCAGUCUCUGGUCACGAGUUGUAACUAAGGAGGCUCCACCCGACAACGUUCUACCACCCAACAUCAUCGAGACUAGUCCUACCACUAUCACGGUGUUGAUAACCCCACCCACUGCACCCAAUGGCAUAGUCAGAUACUACAAUGUGCUGGCCAAUGGAACGGUGUCUAGUACGGGCACCUCUCUGCAGCAGACGGUCGGCCAGACUGUGCCCCUGUUGCCCUUCCAGAGCUACUCAAUCACAGUUCAGGCCUGCACUGCAGGUGGUUGCACAACCAGUCUGGUCGUCAUGGUGAGGACUGGCUCCUCCAAACCCACCGGCCAGGAACCAGUCAGAGUGCUUGAAACGAAUAGCACAGCUGUCAAACUGGCCUGGAGUCACCCUCGUCAUCCUAAUGGAGAACUACGAAGGUUUAGCCUAUACCAAAGGCAAGCCUGCCCCCCUACCAGCCAGCCUUUCAAGCAGACGUGUUUCACCAGUGACCCGUCUAUCGUGUAUGAAGGCAUGUACAUUGAGAAGGUCAUCAAGGGGCUGGCCCCUUACACGGCUUAUGAGUUCCAGAUUCAGUCAGCCAAUGAUGCAGGGUCCAGCGACUUUCCUGUUUGGAUCCGAGCAGAAACAACAGCAGAAGCCCCUGUGUAUCAGAAAUACCCGGGGAUCACCAGGAAUGGGACACUGGCUGUGAUAGACUGGUCCACCUCCUUCUUGCUGAACAGUCGUCUCAGAGAGUACACAGUCUCACUGGACAGAAGUGUCGUGUACAACGGGGUCAACAGUCUAUAUAGCAUUGACAGAGUAAACCCCACACAAACCCUGCUGUUCACUAUUCGUGCAAUUACGGAAUCUGGGGAGGCGGAGUCGCCAGUCAUUGUCUUUGAUCCCAACGCUUCUGGUAAUAUUGGUACAACGUCUGCCCCGAUAGUCUCAACACAGUCACCGGGCACCCAGGAGUUCUUCAAGGAGAUAUGGUUUAUAGCGCUGGUAUCAGUAUUAGGUGUGCUGCUGCUGUUGGCUUUACUGGCCUGCUGUAUCAGACACUGCGGGCGCCCUCACCCCUACAUCAGAGAGAGGCUGCCACUGCACAACCAACAACAGAAACAUCCGUUCACUUUCAUGGUAGACGCCAAUGAUGGAAAUCUUGUGGCCAUGGAGAUGCCACAUGCAGUUCUGGAUGACAGGGGAGGCUACUAUCCAGGGGCUGUAACUCAAGGGGCCACUUACCCAGCAUUUGUGAAUGGGCUUGGACGCACCAGACGACUAAGCAUUGAUCAGAUAUCGGACUCGCUGUUUGAUGAUGAUUUUGAAGAGGACAGUGAGGAUUAUGACCAGAAAAAAUACUUGGACAGCGGGCACGUAAGCAGUUACGACAGUGCUAGUGUGGCUGGAAGGCACAGUUACAGUCUCAGCAAGGAACAGAUGGUGUUUACCGACACACACUUGUAACCUGGCAACAGUUUUUGGUGACAUUUAUUUGUGACAAGUUCAAGAAUGUUUAACUGGACACAUGUCACAGUCUUCAUCUAACAUACAUUUCAUAAUUGUUCAUACAAACACAUAGCACAGCUGUAUAAUAUUUGGUAAGAAAAAUUCACAUAUUUAUUGUUGAUCUCAGAAAAUGAAUCAUCAUUUAUAUUUAUAUAGGUAAGCGUAUGGCAUGUUCUUUUUAUAAACAAAAUAUGUUGUUGUUAUUCCAGUUUGUACACUUUAUUACCUGCCAAUUUGGGCUAUACAAGCAGGCAAUUAUCUGUACUAUAUCAUAGAAUUGAUAUACAUGUAUAUGAGAUGUCCUAAGCAUUGGCUUAUCAGACAUUAGUGUGGCACACCUAAGGCACUGUUUGCCACUUUCAAAUUUACUUGCAUAUGAAGAUUUUAUAUAUAUGAGAUCUUUGGAACAUUUUUAUAGAUUGGAAAGAUGUAUAAGCCAUUGGAGUUUAUGAAUACUAAUAACAUAUAUCUGUGCUCUACAAGUCCAGCAAUAUGUUUGUUUUAUUUAUUGAUUCAGGUUUUGCAAUUGACAUGACGCCUUAUCAGUGAUCGCUCCGCCCACUUUAUCACGUGGCCCAGCGGGAAGAAAACCUAGACAAGCUUACACCAAAAUGGCUUCUUUGCCUAUAGACUUCAUAUAGAUUUACGCGAUAUUCCGGAUGAUUUUAUGGACUUGUUUAACACCAUAUUACACUUGUAAAGGGGUUGAUGCCAUUAAGUUAUUCUGCAAAUGCAAAAAAUAUACGAUUAAAGAGAACAUCAGCUAUUUAUAACGGGUAAAUCGGUACAUUAAACACGCUCUCAAACGCUUGCGCGCUUACCGAAAUCGAACCCGUUAUUACGUGUAAUGGUGGUAUUUGCAAUAAAUUAACACUUCACCGGUAUUUACCCGUGUUAUUAACAAAAUUAUUACCAAAACAUUCCCCCCUACCCGUGUAUUUGACACGAAAUAGCGCUUUAUAACUGGGAAUUCAGGGAAGUUUUACGCGCUUUUUGACGCCGGGUGGGUACCUCAAUCCCACAUGUUAUUGCGUAUAAAAGUGAUAUUAAUCGUAUUAAACAUUGCUUAUGGGACAUUUAUCAAUCACUAUUAUUUAAAGUGCAAAAACAACACAGUAAGUUUGGACAUUUUCUGAUAUAAAAUUAGCGUUGUACGAAAUGGAAUAUGGUCAGGCUAUUAUAAAUUAAUAAGGCUACCAAUAUCAGAAGCUCGCGCAGGUACCGACUUCGCCGAAGUUACCGCAUUUAUUGGUUAACUAAUAUCAGUAAUAAUAACUCUUUUACAAUAGCAUUUAUCGAUAAGUCUUUAUUAAAAUAAUAACAAAAUGAUUUUCACUUGUUUCUGACACACACAGAAACGCGAUUUUUAACGGGGAUUUUGUAAAGUUACACGAAUUGGGUACCAAAAUUCUCAAUUAUUUUACAUGCACACGUGACAUAAUACAUACUUAAUAAUGCUUAGUUAUUGCUUUUAUGACAUUUCAAGUUUGUGAAAUAAAUUAAUGAUCUAUAAAGGGGAUCUCGGUAAUUCUUGAAGCUUUCACUCGCUCUUAUCAAGACCACAUUGCCGCGUUGGAAAUGGUAUAAAUUUAAUUCAUCUAACUUAUCUUUCUGGAUACCAAAUAUUAGAGUUGCAUUAACGCUUUUUACGUCGGUUUUGCCAUAUUUCAUAUCCGUUUUUUAAUCCAAACAAAAUAAACGAAACUCAUUUAAAAAAUGAGAUCUAGGCAUUCGAGCUCCUAGUGUGGAUUAAAAGCGUUUAUUGGUGACACCACAUGAGUGCAAAUGUUUAGAUGCCGUUAAUAAGAUAAUAUAGCACAUGUUUACUUCAAAUAACAUGUAUGAUGUCAAUUAAGUGCAUUACUAUCAGAGUAAUAAAACACAGCAUGAAUUAGGCUUCAUGCUGGGUUUUAUUUCUCUUUAAGUAAUGCAGAUGAACCUCACUUCUGACCUAGUAACUGAUAAACCUAUUUUUUAAAAAGUGAAAUAUUAUGUGAUAAUCAGAUCGAUAACAUAAACUAUUUAAAUCUGCUAGUAUAUCUGAUUAAAAUAUAUUAUAAUUGUCUUUGACAGUGUUGACGUUAAGUUGUUCGUGGUGACGACCGCAUGUAUUUAUACAUCUCUUACACUUCUCAAGAUCUCUUUUCGGCUUUGGAAACGAUAUAAAUUAAAUGUCACCAACUAAUCUUUCAGGAUAUCCAUUGUCCGAGUUACAUAAUCCCCAUUGACACCGUUUAACCAUUUUUAAUCGGUUUUUUUUAAAGAGGAAAACAAAAGAAACUCGUUGGAAUAAAAGUGAACCUAAACAUGUAGCUUGUCUAGAAAAUGGCGGACAGGUCGUUGCUAACGAGUGUGCCCGAUUAAUCGAUCGCUGAUUGGUGGAUCAAUUCUAG